AUGUGCUCCAGUCGGAAGAUCCUGUGGAGCCUGCUGUUGCUGUCAGUGCUGGAGGUGGGCCUGGGUGUGGCCAGUAUCGUUCUGGGUGCCGUGGGAAUCAGCGCUGUCCGGGGAGAGCACAAACCGCAACAAGGCGACGCUUCCCCGGUCUGGAGCGGGCUCUGCUUCCUGGUCUGUGGGAUGUGUGGAGUGCUGUGUGCCCGCAAGAGAACAGGGCUUAUUAUGAUCCUAUUUUCGGCCUGCUGUAUCUGUGGUCUGAUCGGUGGAAUCCUCAACUUCCAGUUUGUCCGUGCGCUCAGCAAAAAACCAAGCUCCAUGCAUUCAGUCCACCUGGCAGCAAUGACACUUGCAUGCCUCGGGAUAUCGUCUUGCACAUUGUCGACGUGGCUCACCUGUCGGCUGGCUAGCUCUGAACAGCAGCGGAUGUUUUUGGAAAGGGAACAUUCACUGCAUCACUCUCAUGAGAUGGCUGAUAAGGUGGGAAAUGAGACCCUGGACAAUUCUAGCAGUAAUGGAAUUCCACAAAUCUCCUACAAUGGACACACUGCAACAUCACCGUGACAACCCUUCAAAGAUAUUAAUAUUACAGCUCUCAACAAUAGGGAAACAGCAUGUGAUUCCUCCAUUAUAUCUUCUGGCAUUAUUGCUGUCACUGCAGAGAUGCAUCAGGCAUCUUGCCCUUGGUUUGCUGCUGAAGUAAAUCCACUUUUGGCCGAUCAACCACAGUAUUAAAUAU